AUGGAAGUAGAAGCAGCUCCGAGACUUUAUUUCGACCCUCCAAAAAAUAAUGUCACUAAUAUCACAUUUCCAAAAGAAUUCAAAGCGUUGAUAUUCGAUAUAUAUAUGUGUUUUCUUGAGGAAAAGCCUGAUAACAUACUUGAUUUUAUCAUCCGGUACUUCGAGACCAUGAAAGAGGAGUGCGGUACGACGAAACUGUCCUGUUCUGGUCCGGAGGUCGCAUUGGCGGAAUUUGUCGACCUCGACGAGAAGUAUUUCGAAACCCGAAGGGGUGCCGUUUUUAACCCAACAAAUUAUCCUAAAAGCCGCCUCCAAGACAUAGACGUAAUCUCGAAAUUGCAAGAAGAGAAACAUCAUUUGUUAGGAGUAUUGAAGAAAAUCGUAUUUUUGAAGGACCUCGAAGGUGGAACCAUUGAUCUAUUGUUGGACGCUUUACAAUUCAGGAAAUAUUACGAGGGUGAAUAUGUGAUAGUAGAAGACGAAGAAAUGAAUAAUUUCUUCAUUGUCGAUUAUGGGAGAUUUGCUGCCGUUAAAAGCACAGAGGACGGAGAGUGCAAAACGGUUAAAAGAUACAAACCUGGUAAUUACUUCGGAAUGCAAGCUUUCUUUCAUAGUCGACCUGCUUCAUUUUCAGUAAUAACGACUUCUGCAUUUGGUACACUUUGGACGAUCAGCAGCAAAAUUUUCAGGAAUUUGGUAUUAAACCGUGAAUACUUGAAAUACAUGGAUUACACCAGUUAUAUCAAUUCGAGGAAUGUGCUGUACGUUUUAUCGGAAGACGAGAGAUAUCAAAUCAUCGACAUAUUAGAUAUCAGGACUUACCCUGAUGAAAAGACGAUUUUCAGUGAAGGCGAUUUAGGCGAUGGCAUGUUUAUCAUUAUCAAAGGCAAAGUGCAGUUUACAGUUUUGUCCCACGGGAUCGGUCCUCCACAAGAAAUUAUCGCUUGUCGAGCUAGCCAAGGUGCCCAUUUUGGCGAACUGAGCCUGGUUUAUCCUUGUAAAAGGGCCCUGACUGCAACAGCUGUUGGAGAAACAAGAGCACUGUACAUAUCCUCAGAAAAAUUCCAACGUCUGCUGCCAAACCGUAUAAAAACGAUACGCAAGUCCAUACACUUAAACCCGAACCCUGUGUUUAGAGUAUACCAGGUAGACUGUGCUUAUAACGAUGAAUGGAACGUCAACAGUUAA